ACGGAUUAAAUCAAUUACACUAUCAGCUGUCAGAUCUGGGCAUGAAAUCAUCCUUGUCAAGUUACAGGAGAGUGGCUGAAUAGAUCUGUUGAGCCAAAAAGCACAGAAGUCGGAAAGUAAACAGAACGAUAAUCAGCAUCUCUUCUUGCUGAUCCAGUGGGCUGGAGAGUGAAUAGAGAAUUUGUCAUGGCACAUAUCCAACAGCACUCUGCUGAAUGGGGGCAGACGAGCAUGGUUGAAUAAUGAAAUCACCUGACAUCAAUUUUCCAGAAGGUUCAAUGUUUGGGUGCAAGGGUGGAGCUGACUGGCAGUCCAUUAUAUAUAAGAGCUCUAGGUCCAUUGGCUAACUCAGACCUUGAGCUUUUUCUUUCAUAGUAGCCACAAGCAGCAAGAAAAUGGAUGUAGCCAUCCAGCAUCCUUGGUUCCGUCGUCACUUUUACUCAUUCUUUGGACCAAAUAGGAUCUUUGAUCAGAAUUUUGGGGAACACCUUCACGAGGCUGAACUUUUCCCAACUUCCAGUGUAUCACCCUUCUUCUUCAGAUACCCCUUCUCCAGGCUUCCAAACUGGAUAGACAGCGGACUGUCUGAGAUGAAAAUUGAUAAGGAUAGAUUCUCUGUAAACCUGGAUGUGAAGCAUUUCUCACCAGAAGAACUAAAUGUAAAGGUUCUUGGCGAUUUUAUUGAAAUCCAUGGGACACAUGAAGAACGACAGGAUGAACAUGGCUAUGUUUCCAGAGACUUCCAGCGAAGAUACAAAAUUCCAUCAGAUGUUGACCCUCAAUCCAUCACUUCAACUCUGUCUCCAGAUGGUGUGCUGACAGUCUCUGGACCAAGAAAGGUAUCUGAAGUCCCUGAACGCUGCAUCCCUAUUACUCGUGAAGAAAAGGUAGCCAUCAGCAGUACUCUUAAAAAGUAGGACCUGUUGACUCUUCCAAGCACCAAUGAUACCGUUCCACCCUGCCAUGAUUAAAAGCUCAUACUAAUCAGAUACAUGUUUAUAUGAUGCGUUAUGACCAAAGCAUAUUACUACUGCAAAUAAAGCAAAGAUAAGCAUUUGGUUUUGUAA